AUGUCGAUCCUAUCCAAAAUGGCUUGCGGUGUAUCUGCGCGAAGCGUGCUUCGGUCCCGGGGCCCGUUUCCUGCUAGACUACCCAUCAGUCCCGCCAUCAUACACCAUACCAUAAGAAGCAUUUCCACCAACACAAUCAACCGUCUUUCCUCGCUUGAACAGGCCGCAAACGCCGAGAUUGCCAACGCCGAGGUCCAGGCAGAGUUCUACAAGCAGCUUCUUGCCAACAAUUAUCCGCAGAUCGUGGUGCAGCGGUUUGAGACCGCCGGGGUUGCCACCAACCACUCGUGUGCGCAACUAUACUUGGAAGCGUUGAAGAAGACUGGAAACAAGGCCAAGGCGGAGCAGAUCGCUCUGGAGGUGCUUUCGGGCUCCUACAGUCAGUCCAACAACAACGCCCAGAGUCCGUUCCCGUUCCUGGCUGGACUGGGCUCUCGUAUCGAUCCAGUGCAUGUAGUUGUCUCCGAGAGCGGCUUCUCUCUUUUCUCCAAGUGGCUCAAGUGGUUGAUCCCUUUGGCUCUCUUCUCGUACGGAGCAUCUACGGCAUUCAACUAUUUGGUCGAGAAUGGUACGUUCUUCCGUAGCUCCGACGCAGUAGACAAAUCUGUGGAUGUGUCCCAAUCAAAUGUUCGUUUCAAGGAUGUGUGUGGAUGUGAUGAGGCCAGAGCCGAGCUCGAAGAAAUCGUCGAUUUCUUGAAGGAUCCAUCCCGUUUCACUGGUCUUGGCGGUAAGUUGCCCAAGGGUGUCUUGUUGACUGGUCCACCAGGUACCGGUAAAACCUUGUUGGCUCGUGCCACCGCUGGAGAAGCCGGUGUGCCCUUUUUCUUCAUGUCUGGUUCCGAGUUCGAUGAGUUGUACGUUGGUGUUGGUGCCAAGCGUAUCCGUGAGUUAUUCAACCAGGCUCGUGAACAAGCCCCUGCCAUUAUUUUCAUUGAUGAGUUGGAUGCCAUCGGAGGAAAACGUAAUCCUAAGGACCAAGCUUAUGCAAAACAAACUUUGAAUCAAUUGCUUGUGGAAUUGGACGGUUUCAACCAGACUGAAGGUAUCAUCAUUAUUGGUGCCACUAAUUUCCCCGAGUCUUUGGAUAAAGCCUUGACCAGACCUGGCCGUUUUGACAAGGAGGUCAUCGUUGACUUACCGGAUGUUCGCGGUCGUGUUGAUAUUUUGAAGCACCACAUGCUCAAUGUUGAGACUGCCGAAAACGUUGAUGCUUCUAUCAUUGCCAGGGGUACGCCGGGUUUGUCUGGUGCUGAGUUGAUGAACCUUGUCAACCAAGCUGCCGUUCAUGCUUCUCAAUUGUCUGCACCCUCUGUUGAUAUGAAUCACUUCGAGUGGGCCAAGGACAAGAUUCUCAUGGGUGCUGCUAAGAAAAAGAUGGUCAUCACAGAGGAGUCAAGAAAGAACACUGCCUACCAUGAGGCUGGUCAUGCAAUCAUGGCUAUGUACUCUCCAGCUGCCACACCCUUGUACAAAGCUACGAUCUUACCCAGAGGUAGAGCUUUGGGUGUCACGUUUCAACUACCGGAGAUGGACAAGGUUGACAUGACUAAAAAGGAAUGUUUUUCGAGACUUGAUGUUUGCAUGGGAGGUAAAAUCGCAGAGGAAAUGAUUCAUGGUCCAGAAAAUGUUACCAGUGGUUGUUCAUCUGAUUUAUCCAAUGCCACAGGCAUGGCUAGAGCUAUGGUGACAUCUUACGGUAUGAGUGAUGUUAUUGGGCCAGUGAGAUUGAGUGAUGAUUGGGAAUCGUGGUCUCCCAAACUCAGAGAUAUGGCGGAUAAUGAGGUGAGAAACUUCUUAUUGGAGUCAGAAAAAAGAACAAGAAAGAUGCUUGGCGACAAAAAAUUGGAGUUGAAGAGGUUGGCCGAGGGCUUAUUGGAGUAUGAGACCUUGACAAGAGAGGAAAUGGAGAAGGUCGUCAAGGGAGAAUCAAUUAACAAGGCAAAGACGAUAAGCAAUACGGUUAUCAAGUCAAAUAGCGGGAGAUUGGAAGUCAUAAAUGAUCCAACCCCUGUCCCAGCGGAAGCUUAA